AUGGGAUGUGGCGGAGGAAAAGCAGUAGCAGUUAGUGAACGGAAGUCCAAUAAAGCAACUAACAUUUCCCCUCAAGACGUCGUCGUCGUUCAGCUUCAACCACCUCGUCGAACUUUCGAUCGUGAACGUGUAAAUCUUGAAUCGCAUCAACUCGUUUGGUGUGAUAAAAAUGUGAACGAUUCAGUAACACUCGUUGAAGCAUUGAGAAAAAUCGUUGAUUACACAAAACUAUUUGACAACGUCGAAGCAUGUAAACAGUAUUUGAAUACGACGAGUACAGACACGGUCAAAGAAAUUCAUACUGAGCAGGAGAAAUUACUUGUCGCUCUGCAAACCGAUGUUGAAUCCUGCUUAAAAGAAGAAAAGAAAAACGUUUUAAAUGAAUCAAACAGAAAAGAUCAGAGUAUUGAUCUCUGGUUACAUUCCUGGUGGCCUGAAUUUAUUGACAUACUCUGUUAUUUACCCUAUCCGUCUCUCAUUUGUCGUGAAAGACUCGUCACUACACUAAAAAAUUACUACGAUGGAAAGAACGAAGAGUUGCGAGUAUUUGACGAAUUUGAACGUGACUACACUCCCAGUAAAGCUGUUCGUUGGUAUACACGUGAUACGUUUCUCUAUCGAAUUCUCAAUCGAGCACUUCGUCAACAUAACGUUGAAAUCGUUUUUCUCUUUGGAUUUUUCAUUCGAGAUUUGUACCGUCAACUGAAAGAAGAAUAUGAAAAAUUCAAAGCUAAAAAAGUAACAACAACCGUCUACCGAGGACAAAUCAUGUCCUUGGAUGAAAUUCAAACAAUCAAGGCACACUCCCGCUACGGCUUUGCCGUGAACAGUUUCUUUUCAACAUCUGACAAUCAAUCUGUAUCCUUAGAUUUCCUUCAUCGUUCUUCAUUGUCAAUAACCGAUACACCCGGUCUCGCCAAGAUAAUGAUAGAAAUUGAAUUGGAUACAAGACAAAAUCGAUCUCGUCCGUUUGCUUCCAUUUAUCAUCUAAGUGAAUUUUCAAAUGAAAAUGAAUUUCUAUUUAUGACAGGAAUAAAUCUAAGACGAGUUAAAGUUUUGUUUAAUCAAGAAGACGACGACGAUAAAAUAUAUACGAUGAAAUUAACACUAAAAGAUGAUCGUACCGUAAAGGAUGAUGCGGAUUUUCAAAACUUGUCGGAAAGAAAACUUUUAAAAAAGUGCACUGAUCUGCUGUGUGACUGUAUUGAUAAAGGUUCGUCGGGAAAAGAAACUGCGGCAGUGAUAUUUAGUGAACUGAUCGAUUGGUUUCCUGCAGAAGCCGGAUGGCUUAACAUAGCAAAUCAGUAUUGUCUUGACAAACAUUAUGAUCAUUACCUUGGACUUGAUUCAUCAAAUGUGUAA